UCCCUGGCACAAGGAAGGCGUGACGUGGAGUACUGCAGACUUCCUUCCACUUGUCUUGAUUCCAGGCCGUAAAUUGUUUGAUUCUUGUUCAACUAUGUCGCAGCUUCAGGAGGCUGUCUUGGCUUCGAACGAUAUUUUCACAUUCAUCGGAAGGCAAACAUCCGAGCCCCCUGGAACAUUGGAUGCAGUCAACGACCACAGACGAAGCCUGCCGGGCUUUCCACAAGACACCAAUCCAAACAUUCUUGUCGGGUUAUCCGUGAAGGUCGAGGAGUCAGACCAGAACUUCGACAAGUGGGAGUUCAUCACUCACGACCAAAGCUCUCCGCUCCCAAGCAUCGAGGAAAGCUUUUCGAUUAGCGAGUCACCGUCCCAGAGAAUGGGGAGCACCAUGCCCACCACGCUCCUCGGCUCUGAUUAUAGUUUUUCGCCUUUUCCAAAAUCGAGUAGUCGAUUUGAUCGAAACGAAGCGUGGAAUCCCACAGAAGAUGUGCCGGUUCAAAGACGAUAUCAUUUAUCUGCGCCAAAGAUAUCAAGCCCCCUCAAGAGACAGCGCGGAAGGCCAUCUUUGAGAUACCACACGAAGAUGACCAUUGAUAAUUACAAGAUGUUACCGGUACCGGAAAGAUCCCAGGUGCCGGGGUAUCAGAGUCUCAGGGAUGGUUUUGACACAAGGGAAAUCAUCGGAUCCAGCAAACUACGAAGUGCGAAGCGGCGAAAGAGAUCUCCCGCCCUGCCUGGAAUAAGCUCCCUUUCUGUAUCUUGCGGCAUUAAACCUGCAUCAUUUCGAAGCAAUACGAAGAGUACCAGGAUGCGCGAAAGAUUUGUCAUCGAUCCUGAUCUUCAAAGAAAUACUAGAGUCAAGGCUUCAUCUGAAGCCGUCGAUCUGCUGGCGACGCCAGAGUCUCCAGGAGAGGCCACUUCGAAUAAAUUCCAGCACACCGAGAGGAGCAAUGUCAACGAGAAUUCGGGAAGUCCCGGAGUCUUACCAUCCCUCCGCACCAUCGAAGUAUUGCCCAUGUAUAGAAGAUCGAGACACCGUUCUGAUAACUUGUUCAUUUUAUCUGAUCAUGCUGAAGAGACCGAUUUCACAAGACACGCCGUUCUACAGUCGGACCGAGCGAACGCAGGCUCUCGUGACGCUUCUCACGUAGGCAUAUCAAGCACCUCGCGGGAGGCCUCAGCCACAGCGCUGGUUGGCGACGUUUUUGACGAUCAGUUGGAUUUGAAUGAACUGGCGGCAACAGACAGUACAACACCGGCCGACACCAUGACUAAGAUGAAGCCAGAUGCUGGACGCAAGACCUCCUUUGGUCUCAUGAGCACUAGGGAAACAGAUCUAAGCGGGGGAACCCAAAAGGCUUUGCCACUGGCUGGGUUGCAGGGAGGAUCGGCCACUUGGGCUGGCGCGUUCGCAGACCUUAGACCACGUCCCUACGGAACCUUUUCCAGCGAGAGCAGAAAUGUGGAAAGCAAGAACAAGGCGCAACUGGGUGCGAAAUAGCAACACAAUGGGGAUAUGGGUAUGCAGGCGAAUUUCAGGAGUGCGGAGGAUAUAGCAGCAUGCUUGAUAUCGUAAUUGUGUACAAGGCUUCCUUGCUGGGAGACUAUUGGGAGAAUCAGCUUGAUGGAGACUACCAAGAUUUAUCAACAGCCACGCCUCUC